AUGGUUGGUCGGGCGCGGCGAAUCUUUGGUCCCCUAGAGCUACGUAGCUCCAGCAGAGGCCAGCGCAUCUCCAACUUGGAGCUUUGCAUUGCCGUCACGACCUUGCCUACGACCCAAACCGCACUCAUCACACAGUCUGCGCUUUUCAACUUCCAGUCCCUCCUCCUCGUCAUCCUGCUGCUCAUCUGCACGAGUACAUACGUCCACCACUUUACGCCAGGCAUUCUCGAUAGAAAUAAGAAUGGCGUCACGGGCGUCUUUUGGAAAUGCGCGAGGAUAGGCGAGCGACUGAGUCCGUACAUAAGCAUCUGCUGUGUUGUCAUGGCUGUUUCCCUCUUCUUCGGAUAA